AUGCAUGGUGCUUAUUUUUGUCGGCUUACUAGAGAACAAGAGAACGGAAUCAUUUUAGAUUUCGUGAAAGCUUUGCCAUUCUCUUCCGACGUGGUGAUUUCCUCUGUUAUCCCCAUUUGUAGGUUGUUGGCAGUGUACGGAAAAACCGAGGUAUGA